AUGGACUGGCCUUUGAACUUCACCGGCUCCUUUUUCAUUCUCCCCUCCCCCUUCCCGACCAAUGGGAGCAGUGGCCCUGAGAAUCUUAGCCCCAGUCAGCCCCCACUCUCGAUCUUUGGCGUGCUAAUCCUCACCCUGCUGGGUUUACUGGUGGUGGCGACCUUCACGUGGAACUUGUUGGUCCUGGCCACCAUCCUCCGAGUGCGCACCUUCCAUCGGGUACCCCACAACCUAGUAGCCUCCAUGGCCAUCUCUGACGUACUGGUGGCAGCCCUGGUCAUGCCCCUGAGUUUGGUGCACGAGCUUUCCGGACGCCGCUGGAAGCUGGGUAGGCGGCUGUGUCAGCUGUGGAUCUCCUGCGACGUGCUGUGCUGCACUGCGAGCAUCUGGAACGUGACAGCCAUCGCCCUGGACCGAUACUGGUCUAUCACCCGUCACCUAGAGUACACUCUCCAGAUUCGCAAGCGCAUUUCCAAUGUCAUGAUCACCUUGACCUGGCUGCUCUCAGCAGUCAUUUCUCUGGCUCCUCUGCUCUUCAGCUGGGGGGAGACCUACUCGGCGGAUAAUGAAGAGUGUCAGGUGAGCCGGGAACCAUCCUAUACAGUCUUCUCCACUGUGGGCGCCUUCUACCUUCCCCUCUGCGUGGUGCUCUUUGUUUAUUGGAAGAUCUAUAAAGCUGCCAAGUUCCGCAUAGGCUCCAAGAAGACCAACAGCGUCACACCCGUGCCAGAAGCCGUGGAGGUAAAAGAGGCCCUCAACCAACCUCAGAUGGUAUUCACUGCUCGUCAUGCCAUGGUGACCUUCCAGACUGAUGGGGACACGUGGAGGGAAAAGAAAGAGAAGAAGGCAGCUCUCAUGGUGGGCAUCCUUAUCGGGGUGUUUGUGCUUUGCUGGAUCCCAUUCUUCAUCACUGAGCUCAUCAGCCCCCUCAGUUCCUGCGACAUCCCUCCCAUCUGGAAGAGCAUUUUCUUGUGGCUUGGCUAUUCCAAUUCCUUUUUUAAUCCUCUAAUCUACACAGCUUUCAAUAAGAAUUACAAUAGUGCCUUUAAGACCUUUUUUUCUAAGCAGCGAUGA